AUGCAGUCCUCUGCCAUGACAGUUGAGGCAGAAGAUGAACACAAGAAAAACACAAAUCCCACCAAUCCAAGAUCUCGCUCCAAGAAGAAGAGUACUCUAACCAAAUUAAAAGAGAAGAAACAGAAGGAGUUAGCAUCAACAGGCUCCCUUAGGAAAGAAGAUGACUGUUUGUUGGCUUCUGAAGAUUCUAAAAAUCCUAAUGAAAGGCCAAAAGAAAUUCCUUGUGUGGAUUCAGAUGGAGACAAAGAGUUGCUUGACAAGGAUGGAAGGAGCUUUUCAACUAAAGAUCAUCUCCAAGAUUUGGGGCUUUCAAACAGACCAAGACCUCUGCCUCGUGGGCGAAGACAAUCUUUGGAAUUAGCUGAAAAUGUUAGUGAUAAAACACAGGGGAUCCGUGAACCUGCUAAAGAUAGUGAUGGAAAAAACAAAAGGGAAAUUGCAGAUAAUGCAACAGUUAAGAUCAUAAAACAUAUUAACAUGAACAGUGGGCAGUUAGAUUCUGUUGAAUCUAAGUUAGGUUCUGUUGGAUCAAUGUUAGAUUCUGUUGGAUCAACUGUUAGCCAGAGUAGCUUUAUACCUAGGCCACCAGCGACUCCCCGAACUCCAAGAUCGACUCCCCGAACUCCAAGAGGUUUACUUCUUGUUGGAAAAGGAGAGAAAAGGUUUAGAGAGCCUGGGUCAUCAGGAGAUGAGCCUGAGGUUGAGCAGAAGAAGGAGAAGAGUAACAUAAUUAAUCAUGUGAUUAAGGCAAUGGAGACAGAAAACGUUGAGGAAAUUAAACAUUCAGCAGACGCGAUUAACAUUACUGAUACUGUGCAUGUCCACAAAGAGAAAUCAACCUCUUUUCAAGGGUCAGAACAGUCAGUAAACAAGGCAAGGUUUAGAAGGAGAUCAAGCAAUACUAGAAUCGAAAGUCUUAGCCAGGAAACAAAGAACGACAUAGGAAAGCCACCAGUAGACCACACUUCUGUCCAUUCUGGCAGUCAUAACACUAAUAGUAACAAUGGUAAAAAAGCUUCAAAAGCAUCUUCUGCAGAUAUUGAUGAGUUUGUUUUCCAAGAAACCAUCCAGAACAUACCUCAUGAAGCUGGGAAUUCACCACGAGGCAACUACACAUCCAGAAGCCUUGUUAAGAAAGCUUCCUCACCCUCGAAUUCUAGCAUUUCUGUGGGUCUCAGCAAUGCUCACCUGAGCUCUUCACAUUUAUCACCCAAGGCAGGAGGUUCUGAUGAAGCUUCUUCUACCCACGAUAAGGCAGAUGAUGCCUUACUCAUGCUCAAUGAUCUUCUUCUGUCAGACUCAAACACUGGCAUUCAACUUACUCAGCCUUUGAAUAAAUUAGAAUCUCCUGUUAAAGUGCAUUCAAUUUCAUCACCUCCAAGAGUACCUCGCCUUGACCCAAUUAGCCCUAGAUCAUAUCCACCUCCUUUACCAGAAGAACUCUCCUCAAAAAGUUUGAGAACCAUGUACAAAAUAGACCCUGACGUGCACCCCAGAUCAAUGAUGGGGCACUCCGGCAGCAGUUCCAACAAAACUGACUCGGCAUCCAAUAGCAAUGGAGAUCAUUUAUCCCAGAAAUCCUUUCACUCAAUCAGUGUGUUGCCGGUUAUAACUACUAAAGAAGCCAGAUCAAGAAACACUUACGAUGGGAGCAUAGCGUUAUCAGCCUUGGGAACGUACGAGCUCGACCGUUAUUUCCCAGAGAGGAAAGUGAAUGUGUUUGUGGGCACCUGGAACAUGAAUGAACUAAAGGAUUUGAAGACCUCGAUCGACGACUUUAUCCUCCCAGAGAGAUGUGACUAUGUGCAGGAUAUUUAUGCCAUCGGCACCCAAGAAAACAAUAUGGCCAAAAAGGAGUGGGAGAUCACAGUACAGGAGACUAUUGGUCCGUCUCAUGUGCUGUUUCAUUCUGUGUCCUUGGGUUCACUACAUUUGGCUGUCUUUAUCCGUAGAGACCUCAUCUGGUUCUGUUCAGAUCCAGAGGACGAUGCCAUCUCACUGCGGGCCGUGACGAUGGUCAAGACUAAAGGAGCCAUCGGUAUCUGCUUCUCCUUGUUUGGGACAUCAUACCUCUUCAUCAACUGCCAUUUAACAUCUGACAGAGACAAUGAAACAUCCCGCAAGAAAAGCCGCCUUGGAGAUUAUUGUAAAGUUAUUACUGAGAUGAAGUUGCCAAAGUCAAGUAGCAAUUCUCCAUCAGGAAAGCCUGCAGACGUCACUUCUGUCUUUGACUGCAUCUUCUGGUUUGGAGACUUGAACUUCAGAAUUGAACGGAAACGGCAUGCUGUCGAGAGAAAGGUGAACCAGAUCACAUCUGAAGAGUUUCCAAAUUUUGAAACUCUUUUAGGUGGAGAUCAGCUUCUCAACUAUAUGGCUGAAGGGAAAAUAUUUGGUGGCUUCCAGGAAGGUCGCAUUAAUUUCCACCCGACCUUCAAAUUUGACAUCAACAGUGAUACAUAUGACAGUUCUUCCAAAAACCGAGUGCCUUCUUACACUGACAGAAUAAUGUUCCGCAGCAAGAAGAAACAUGAUAUCACCUGUCUGCAUUAUGACGCUGUGAUGACCAUCAAGGCAUCUGACCAUCGACCAGUGUAUGGUCAGUUUGAAACGGUCAUCAAACCUGGCAGAGACAACAUGGUGUACUCUGUGGGACACUUUGAUAGAGCUGUUUACAUGGAAGCUCUUCAACGAAGGACAGCAACUCUUCCAACAAAGAGGAAACAAAGUGUCAUAUGCACUAUUCAGUGA